ACAUUAUUCCUCACAAUCACUUGAGUAUUUUGAAUUCUUAUCUCUUGUCUAAUGUCAACAAGCACUAGUGAUGGAACUGAAUUUGGGGCGAUUGGGGCUGUCAUCUUACUUGUUGUGGUUGGGGUGAAGGUUGGUAUUUUGAUUUGUGUGUGCCGAAAAAGAAAUCAGAAUGAUAGUAAAGUGGGUGUAGACUCACAAUUUUUGACACUCACUAUGGAUAAAUUUCUGAAUGAUAUGGAAAGGGAGAAGCCAAUCAGGUUCACUGGUCAGCAACUAAGGAUUGCAACUGAUAACUACUCUAACUUGUUGGGUUCAGGAGGUUUUGGAGCUGUUUAUAAAGGGGUUUUUAAUAAUGGAACAAUGGUAGCAGUGAAGGUUCUACGUGGGAGUUCAGACAAGAAAAUUGAGGAGCAAUUUAUGGCAGAAGUUGGUACAAUUGGAAGAAUUCAUCAUUUUAAUUUGGUUAGGCUCUAUGGAUUUUGCUUUGAAAGAAACUUGAUAGCACUGGUUUAUGAGUACAUGGGAAACGGCUCUCUUGAUAGGUAUUUGUUUCAUGAAAACAAGACCUUAGGAUAUGAAAAGCUUCAUGAGAUUGCAAUUGGAACAGCUAGAGGGAUUGCUUAUUUGCAUGAAGAGUGUCAACAUAGAAUAAUCCACUAUGAUAUAAAACCAGAAAACAUUCUCUUGGAUAGGAACUUCAAUCCUAAAGUUGCUGAUUUUGGUUUGGCCAAGCUUUGUAAUAGGAACAAUACUCAUAUAACUAUGACUGGAGGAAGGGGUACUCCUGGUUAUGCUGCACCUGAGCUUUGGAUGCCAUUUCCUAUAACUCACAAGUGUGAUGUUUAUAGCUUUGGAAUGUUGUUAUUUGAAAUCAUAGGAAGGAGAAGAAACCUUGACAUUAAACUUUCUGAAAGCCAGGAAUGGUUUCCAAUAUGGGUUUGGAAAAAGUUUGAUGCUGGACAUCUUGGGGAGUUAAUAAUAGUUUGUGGGAUAGAGGAGAAAAAAAAGGAGAUUGCUGAAAGAAUGGUCAAGAUAGCUUUGUGGUGUGUUCAGUAUAGGCCAGAAUUAAGGCCUAUAAUGAGUGUUGUGGUGAAAAUGUUGGAAGGUUCAGUGGAAAUUCCUGAACCUAUGAACCCAUUUCAGCACUUGAUGGAUGGGGUUGUUGCUCAUCCAAUCCCAGUUUCAGAGACUUAUACAGCAAGUAUUUCUCCUGCUUCUUCUGUUAUGGUAAAUGAUUCCAGCUUUGUAUGUGCUACUCCUGUUAUGAUAAAGUAUGAGAUUGAAUUGGCCGCUAGCAGUGUGUGAUGGAGGGCAUACACUACUUAAUGGAAGGUUUCCAUGAGUUAAAAGUUGUACAAUUUAAUUUUUUUUUCUUCUGGUAAUUGGAUUUUGUUUAAUCCAUUUUAUUUACUCACAUGUCCUUUUUAUUCUUGGUGAUAAUGUCCUUUUCAUUUUGCUCUGAAGUUUUUGGAGUUUAAAACACAGUGUAAUAAGUGAAGCAUAAAGGUAAUGCAUAAAUCUGCAAC